ACAAAGCAUCAAUCAUGUUCAAUCGCCAAGUAGUCGAGACAUUCCAAAGUAAAAAUGAAGUGAUUCCCUGCCAUCGUUUACGUCGUCGGCGAUCAGUUGCAUCCUGUGAUCCUCCUUCCCCAAGUCCAGCCAAGCGUAAGUUUCUUCACUGCGUAAAUCGCAUUCAGUCUGUUUGUGCAUUCUAGAUAUUCCAUUCGAAAUCUAACGGAUGGUAAUUUCGUGAAAGGUUUCAUUUCUUUGCUUGUGUCAGCUCUUACGCCUUUGCGAAAGCAACCCAAGUCGGGACUAAGCUCGACAACGACAAAGAACUCCAAGAAAAAUACCGUAUCUUCCGAUCCAAUCAGCUCGGUUAAGAAUAAACACAGAAAGAAGCCGUUAUCUUACGCUAGAGCACUCCUUCAGAACGAUAGCCAACCGCUUCAUUCUAUAGUGUCUCCUUCUUCAUCAUCCCCAGGAUCCACCGACUCGGUGAGUAACUCUCCUGAACUGCAAGAUAUUACCACUGCCAAUGCUCUUGCUGCCACUUCUAUUGAUUUGCCGUACAAAGAUCAAUACAAGUCGAACGGACAAAGAGUAACUUUGGUGCCUCCAUUUUUCUCUCCGGUUGCGGUCGUUACUCCCCGUCGUGGUUUCUUUCGUCGGGAGCACUCUAACUCUUCUUCAAGAGAGUUUAUGAUUACUCCGAACAAUAUCUCUCUCAAGAGCGUUGACAGCGACGACGACGAUACCAGUCAGUUUGACACCAACAAUAAUUAUAUCGCUCAUGAAUACUAUGACUUUGAUCUCAAUCACGAUUACGAUUAUGAUCUCGACGAUGAUCUCGCGACCGAGCGCUACCGUUAUUUCAAGGGCAAGAAUAUCCACAUUGAUGGGGUUGAGAUUACCGCCGAAGAGGAAGAAUUUACUAAACCCUUCAAUCGUAUCAAGUUGGAUAGACGUCUUCGUCGCGAAGAUCGCAUGUAAUUGCAAGAAUACCAUGGAGAGAGAAGAAGAACAAUGAAUGGUCCGUUCUACAGACUGACAACCACAAUUUAGUACUAAUAUUGAUGAAAUUAAUGAAACAUUGCUUG